AUGAAUGAUAUUUUAUGUGAAGAUAAUAAAAUAAAAUACAAAAAUGUUGUAUCAAUUUAUACUAUUCGUAUGUAUAUAAAUGGUUUUAUAAUUGGGUAUGUUUUUCGACAAGAAAUCCAUAGAAAAUUUUAUAUUUAUAAAAAGGAUAAUAUUAUAUUUUCUUUAAUAAAAAAAAACAUAUAUAUAAAGAAUAACACUAAAAAACUUCAAAAUUCAUUUAAUUUAGCAAAACAUUCUUUAUAUAAUACAAGAUUAAAUAAUAAGUUAAAUUUCAACAAUAAAAAUAUAAAUUUUUUUUUCAAACUUCCCUUGUUUAAUAUAUUAUUAAAUUUUAAAAAUAACAUACAAAUAUCUAAUUUUCUUGCUUUCAGAUUAUCAUUUUGGACAUGUGUGUGCACAUUUUGUUGUUGUAAAUUAAAUAAAAGUAUGGAUAACAGCAUAAUACCACCUAUUAUAUCAGGAAUUUUUGCGUCAUCAGUUAGUAAACUAAUUUUUAGAGAAAACAAAAAAAUUUUAAUUCCUACUUGGUUAGGUUGUGUCUUAAGUUAUGUUAUCUACAUUUAA